AUGCUAGCUGCAUGCGGAAGUUACUUCGGUGAAUAUCACAGAUCGUCGUCAGCGCCAUCUACCCCACCCCCACUCCCUGGAAUUGGCCAAGCCUUGGGGAAAUACACACAAGGCAACGCAACGAUCAUCAUCGCUGGGAGGAAUCGCGCCACCGCUGAUGCCAUCAUCGCCAAACUCCCCAAGCCAGCGACCCCUGGUGUCUCUCACGAGUUCAUCGAAUGCGAUGCGACCCUCAUGAAGAACGUACAUGCUACGACCAAGGAAAUCCUCUCGCGCCAUCCGAAGAUAAACUUCCUGGUCAUGUCCCCUGGGUACAUGACGUUGAAGGGUCGAGAUGAGACGGAGGAGGCGAUCGAUCGGAAGUUGGCGCUGAAUUACUAUGCCAGGUGGACUUUUGCGAAUGGGUUGCCGCCUGCGUUAAAAAGAGCAAAGGAAGACGGGGAGGACGCGAAAGUGUGUUCGGUGUUGGGCGCUGGGAAGGGUGGGGAGAUUGACGUUGAGGAUUUGGGAUUGAAAAAGUCAUUCUCUGUGGCCAAAGCCGAACUCGCUGAACGAAAUCAAGACCUCACCUUUAUCCACGGUUUCGUCCGCACUAACCUUCUAUCCUCCGCUCAAUCGGCGAUCCUCCGAGCGGCCUCCGGUAUCAUAAGUGGUCUGACAUACGCAGUUUCGACGGCCCCUGAAGAUUGCGCCGAGUAUAUGUGGCAUGGGAUAUUCAAUAGCACCAAAGGUGCAUUCGGCAGAGCCUCGGAGGCUUUGCCGAAGUUCCUUUAUUUAUAA